AUUGCUCACAAAUGGCGAUUGUUGACGAUCCCCUUGCUAGCUUGCGUUUGCCGCUAGUAGACCUCCUCCUCACCCCCUUGUGUGGUGGGGUCUUGAAGAACCACAUACACGAGGUGGUGCUUGCAUUCUUGAUUUAUCACGGGAUCUACCUUAUCGCCCGUGUAGUGAGCCCUAAGGUUGCAAAGGGCUAUACGAGCUUGAAGUACAAGGACCAGAUUGACUAUUGCAUCCACGUGGUGUCGAUGAUCCAGUGCGUGGUCAUCUUCACGCUCAUGACCCCGUUGUUCAACCACCCAGACUUGUCCAAGGAUAGAGUUUUUGGUUAUGUACCGUACGGUGGGUUGGUUUUAUCUUUUGCUUUGGGUUAUUUUAUUUGGGACGCCCUCAUUUCGCUUGCAUACGUGAAGUACUUUGGUCCGGGCUUUUUGAUACACGGGGUCAUUUCGUCACUUGUGUUCGGUGUUGCGUUCCAACCAAUGAUCGUGUACUACUGUCCGAUCUUUUUGUUGUUUGAAGUCUCCACGCCGUUCCUCAACUUAAGAUGGUUCGGGAACAAGAUCCCAGGCUUGGUCUCGGACAACUUCAAGAUGAUCAACAACAUCAUCUUGAUCAUCUUGUUUUUCUUUGUACGCAUUUCCUACGGCCUCUUCCAGGCGUUCAAGUUGUUCACUGACUUCUACCACGCUAGAAACGACGAGAGGUUUAUCUGGCAGUUCGCUAUGGUUAUCGUGGUGGGCAAUCUGGGGUUGAAUUUGUUGAACUUUUUCUGGUUCAGCAAGAUGUUGAAAAUUGCCGUCAUCACCAUCAGGCAAAUGAUCAACAAGGAAACCAAGACCGACUUGUUGAUCGACAAUGAUAACGACAACGGCGGUGCCCCGAUCACUGGCUACAGAACCAACCUGCCUUCCCAGCCGGCUAAGAGAGGAAAGGCCAGAAGUAGCUAAUUUUUUUUUGCAAGCCAUCUGUAAUAGAUAAAGAAAUGAAAAAUAAUAUUAGUGAAUUCAACCGAG